AUGCUAAAAAUCAUUAUCCCUACAAUUAUACUAUUCCCAGUAACUUGAUGUUCCAGUAGCCCUAUAAUCUGAAUUAACACAACUUUACAUAGUCUACUAAUCAGCCUUGCAGGCCUAUUAUUCCUAAAUCAAUUUAACGAUUCCAAUAAUAACUUCUCACUAACUUUCUUCUCCGACUCACUAUCAUCCCCCCUUGUAGUUUUAACGAUAUGAUUACUCCCACUUAUAAUUAUAGCAAGCCAACAUCACCUUAAAAAAGAACCCUGAACCCUAAAAAAACUAUAUAUCUCCAUAUUAAUUUUCCUACAAAUAUUCUUAAUUAUAACAUUCACCGCUACCGAACUAAUUCUAUUUUACAUUCUAUUUGAAGCCACAUUAAUCCCAACUCUAAUUAUCAUUACCCGUUGAGGUAAUCAAACAGAACGAUUAAACGCAGGCUUAUACUUUCUAUUUUAUACUCUCAUUGGAUCCUUACCACUACUUGUAGCAUUAAUCCAUAUUCAAAAUUAUUUAGGUUCAUUAAAUAUAUUAACCAUAAGCUUCUGCUUUCAAGAAUUAUCUAAUUCCUGAUCUAGUAAUCUUCUAUGAAUAGCAUGUAUUAUAGCAUUCAUAGUUAAAAUACCUCUAUACGGACUACACCUAUGACUACCUAAAGCCCACGUUGAAGCUCCUAUUGCAGGAUCAAUAGUUCUUGCAGCUGUACUUCUAAAACUAGGAGGGUAUGGCAUAAUACGAAUUACUAUAAUCCUCAAUCCAAUAACAAAAUACAUAGCAUACCCCUUCCUUAUAUUAUGCUUAUGAGGAAUAAUUAUAACUAGUUCCAUCUGCCUACGACAAACAGACCUAAAAUCACUUAUCGCCUAUUCAUCAGUAAGCCACAUAGCACUAGUUAUUGUGGCUAUUCUAAUCCAAACACCAUGAAGCUUCAUAGGAGCAACCAUUCUAAUAAUCGCACAUGGCCUUACAUCAUCCAUAUUAUUCUGUCUAGCCAACUCUAACUACGAACGAAUCCAUAGCCGUACAAUACUACUAGCACGAGGGAUCCAAACCAUUCUCCCUCUUAUAGCCACCUGAUGACUACUCGCCAGCCUAACUAACCUAGCCCUACCACCCUCUAUCAAUUUAAUUGGCGAACUAUUCGUCACUAUAGCAUCCUUCUCAUGAUCAAACAUUACAAUUAUCUUAAUAGGCUUAAAUAUGCUCAUCACCGCUCUCUAUUCCCUCUAUAUAUUAACUACUACACAACGAGGAAAACUCACAUAUCAUUCGCACAACCUAAACCCAUCCUUUACACGAGAAAACACCCUUAUAUCCAUACACAUACUCCCCCUUCUCCUAUUUACCUUAAAUCCCAAAAUUAUUCUAGGACCCACGUACU